AUGGCAUUUCCACUUCAUGACAUCUCUGCACAAUUUGAUUUUCCAAAGGAGGAGGAGAAGGUUUUGGCCUUUUGGAAAGAAAUAGACGCGUUUCGUACAAGCAUGAAGCUUUCCGAAGGUAAACCGGUGUUUUCAUUCUACGACGGUCCUCCUUUUGCGACCGGUCUACCCCAUUACGGUCAUCUCCUCGCUGGCACCAUCAAAGACAUCGUCACACGACAUGCUCAUGCCAGCGGCUAUCAUGUUCCUCGUCGGUUCGGCUGGGAUACGCAUGGUCUUCCUGUCGAGCACGAGAUCGAUAAACGCCUCAAUAUCACUGGAAAGGCUGAUGUCCUGGAGCUUGGGAUUGAUAAAUACAACGCUGAGUGUCGAAGCAUCGUUAUGCGCUACUCCUCAGAGUGGAGAAGCACUGUGGAACGAAUGGGACGAUGGAUCGAUUUUGAUAAUGACUACAAGACACUGAAUAUCUCGUUCAUGGAGUCGGUUUGGUGGGCUUUUAGCGAACUUUUCAAGAAAGAGAUGGUCUAUCGUGGUCUAAGAGUCAUGCCUUAUUCAACUGGUCUCACGACACCUUUGUCCAACUUUGAAGCAGGCUUAGAUUAUAGAGAUGUAAACGAUCCUGCAGUCACUGUCGCAUUCCCCCUCGUGGAUGAUCCUAGCACAUCGCUUUUGGCAUGGACCACCACUCCAUGGACAUUGCCAUCUAAUCUUGCGCUAUGCGUCCACCCUGAUUUCACCUACAUCAAAAUCCAUGAUCAGGCCAGAGAUCAAAAUUUCAUACUUUUCGAAGGCCUCUUGUCCACACUUUACAAAGAUCCCAAGAAAGCCAAAUUCAAGAAGAUUGGACAAUUCCUUGGCGCGGAUAUGAAAGGAUGGAGAUAUGUACCAUUGUUUGAGUACUUCACUGAAAAGUUUGAAGAUAAAGCUUUCAGAGUGGUGGUGGACACCUAUGUUACUGCAGCAGACGGCACCGGCAUUGUUCAUCAGGCCCCCGCUUUCGGUGAAGACGACCACCGUAUUGCUGUAGCUCACGACGUUAUUCGUCCUGAUGAGAUGCCACCUUGCCCGGUUGACGAUGCCGGAAGGUUCACAAAAGAGGUCCCUGACUUUGCCGGUGAUCACGUCAAGAUAGCAAAAGUCCAAAAGAUUCUCAAGGCAAAAGGUCGACUCAUAGUACAGUCAACGAUCAAGCACUCUUAUCCCUUCUGCUGGCGGUCGGGGACGCCCCUGAUUUAUCGUGCAGUGCCUGCGUGGUUCGUUCGUGUAACGCCCAUUGUUGAUGACCUCGUGAAGAAUAACCAAGAAACUCUAUGGGUUCCGCAAAGUGUCGGGGAUGGCAGAUUUGGAAACUGGAUAGCCAACGCUCGCGAUUGGAAUAUAUCCCGAAAUCGUUAUUGGGGAACACCCAUCCCCCUAUGGGCUAGGUCUAUUGAAGAGCUCGAAAGGCUAUCCGGCAGGACCGGGAUCAAAGAUCUGCAUAGAGAGAGCAUUGACGAUAUCACCAUCCCGUCAUUUCAAGGAAAGGGUGUACUGAAGCGCAUUGAAGAAGUAUUUGACUGCUGGUUUGAGUCUGGCAGUAUGCCCUAUGCCCAGCUCCAUUACCCUUUUGAAAAUCAGGAGCUUUUCGAGAAAAGCUUCCCCGCCCAUUUUGUUUCCGAAGGCAUUGAUCAGACACGGGGUUGGUUCUACACUCUUCUUGUGCUCUCAACACAUCUCUUUGGGCGCGCGCCGUGGAAGAAUCUGAUUGUAACUGGUCUUGUGCUUGCAGCUGAUGGGAAGAAAAUGAGCAAGAGUUUGAGAAAUUAUCCUGAUCCCAGGAUGUUCUUGGUCAACUCGCCAAUUGUGAGAGGCGACAACCUCAGAUUCCGUGAAGAGGGAGUCCGUGAAGUCAUCUCCCGAGUCCUACUUCCAUGGCUCAAUUCAUUCCGAUUCUUCCUCGGUCAAGUUGCAUUACUGAAGAAGGCCAGCGGUGUCGACUUCAUGUACAAUGCGCAGGCACCGUUGCCGAAUAAUGUUAUGGAUCGCUGGAUCCUUGCACGUUGCCAGUCCUUGAUCAAAUUGGUGACCGAAGAAAUGGCCGCCUACCGGCUAUACACCAUCAUCCCUCGCCUGCUUGAUCUGGUCGAUGAGCUCACAAAUUGGUAUAUCCGUUUCAAUCGGAAACGCCUGAAAGGCGAGAAUGGUGUUGAAGACACGUUAGCUGCCCUUAAUACAUUGUUUGAAACUCUUUUCACUCUCUGUCGAACCAUGUCAUCGUAUACGCCAUUUUUGACGGAGAAUAUAUAUCAAUCCCUCCGCAACUUCAUUCCAGAAUACUUUGAUGCCGAAAUUGAAAGACAGGUCAGACGUAUGCAAUCAGUCAUUGAGUUGACUCGGAACAUUCGAGAGAAGAACAAUCUCUCGUUAAAGACGCCAUUGAAGGAACUGCUUGUGUUCCAUCCCGAAGCGCAAUAUCACGCCGAUGUGAAACCACUACAAGAUUAUAUCCAAUCUGAACUCAAUGUGCGCGACGUUAUCUUCAGUUCUGACGAGUCGUUGUCAGGCGUACGAUACCGCGCAGUUGCCGAUUGGCCUGUCUUGGGACGCAAGCUCCGAAAGGAUCUUGGUCGAGUGAAGAAUGCAUUGCCAGACGUUUCGAGUGGUGCUGUCAAGGAGUACCUCACCACAGGCACUCUUUUGGUUGACGGCAUUGAACUGGUGACUGGUGACCUGACCGUACAACGAUAUCUGGAGCUUCCAUCCAGCGCUCAGGGCCAAUACGGAACGCACACCGAUAAUGAUGUUGUUGUGAGGCUUGACAUACAGGUUCAUGCCGAUCUGCAGGGCGAGUGGUUGGCUCGAGAGUUUACUAACCGAGUUCAGAAGCUGCGAAAAAAAGCAGGUCUACAAGCAACGGAUGAUGUGGAUAUCUUCUACCUCUUCUCCGAGGGUUCUGGAUCGGAGAUCAUAGCUGCUUUGCGUGAACACACGGACCUGAUCAAGCGGACCGUAGGCAGCGCACCGGUAGAGAGGAAAGGAGAAGACCUGAUUGGCGAAGUGCUCAUCGAGGAAGCGCAAGAGGUGGCGGACGUGAAAUUUGUGUUGUACUUGGUCAAGUAG